GACGGCGGGGAGCGAAUCCGGGGGCCCGUCCGCCACGGCGGCACCUGCCUCCCCCCUCCACCUCCUCCACCACCACCACGCUCUGCUCCCCUGCGGAGUUCGGUCUCGGAGGAAAAAAACAAGGGGAAGAAAUCUCCUCCUCGUGCUCUUCCCGUUUGGCGUCGCGCGCCGCUACCAUCCAAAGGCGGCAGCGCGUUUGCUUGCCCCGCCUCUCCUCGUCGUCGCCCCCGGCCGGGGGAUCUUGCUGCUGCUCCGCCGCCUACAGGGAUCCGCCACCACCUGCUGCUCCGGACAUUUCGCCCGUGAGGAGACGGCGGAGGCCAGGGAGGGAGAAGACUCAGAGUCACUGUCACAGAAGCAGCAAGGUGUUCUUCGGCUCGUCUCGGCGUCAGAGGCUGCAGUGAGCAGGCGCCACGCCACCACUGUUUCUGCGGCGCGGGGAGCAUUGGAUUGCUGUGGCUGGCGAACUCGAGCCGAUGGUCGCUCGCUGACCACCGCACUGUUCCAUUCCGCCGUCAGCUGAGCGCGAGGAUCCAUCGGCCAUCGGCAGGCGGCGAAGGGCUUCAAGAUGCUGGCGUGCAUCGCGUGCUCGACCAAGGACGGCGGGGAUCAGGACGGCCCCCGCGCCGCCACGCCCCACGGCAGGGACGCCGGCAAGUCCCUCACCUCCCAGCUCAAGGACAUGGUGCUCAAGUUCUCCGGCUCCGGCAGGCAGUACAAGGCCGCGGGGAGCCCCUCGUUCCGGGGCAACCGCUUCCACCGCAGCAGCCGCCUCGCCGCGUACCCGGGCGUCAUCGACGACUCGGGCUUCGCGUCGGACUCGGGCUUCGCGUCGGACUCGGGCUACAGUUACAUGAGGACGACGGCGGCGGCCGCCGCGAGAGCCGCGCCGCCGCCGCCACCGUGGGAGGCGGCCAAGGUCGUCCGCGGCUUCCCGCAGCACGCCAGGAGCCCUAGCGCGAGCUGGAUACCGAGCAUCGGGGAGGAGGAUGAGGACGACGACGAGGAGGAGGCGGUCGUGCUGGAGGAGGACCGCGUGCCGCGGGAGUGGACGGCGCAGGUGGAGCCCGGCGUGCAGAUCACCUUCGUCUCCAUCCCCGGCGGCGCCGGCAACGACCUCAAGCGCAUCCGCUUCAGCCGCGAGAUAUUCAACAAGUGGGAGGCGCAGCGGUGGUGGGGGGAGAACUACGACCGCGUGGUGGAGCUCUACAACGUGCAGACGUUCAGCCGGCAGCAGGGCGUCUCCACGCCGACGUCCUCCGUCGACGACGCGACCACGCAGAGAGAUUCGUCGUUCUACUCCCGCGCCGGCUCGACGAGGGAGAGCCCGGUGGUGAUCCUGCCGCCGACGGCGGCCGGCCGGGAGCAGCCGGUCGCCCGCGCCACGCCGUGCAGGGCGAUGGCGGCGGCGGCGGCGUCGACGGGCCGAGCCCCGUGCAACCCGUCGUCCACGGCCGUGCCGGACCCUUCCGACCACGUGUGGGCGCACCACUUCAACCUGCUCAACUCCGCCCCGCCCCCCGCGCCGGCACCGCCGCACUUCGACCCGUCGCGCGCCACCACGUCGUCCCUGGACGAGGCGGCGUCCGUGUCCGUGAGCAACGCAAGCGACCUGGAGGCCGCGGAGUGGGUGGAACAGGACGAGCCCGGCGUGUGCAUCACCAUCCGCGAGUUCGCCGACGGCACCCGCGAGCUCCGCCGCGUCCGGUUCAGCCGGGAGAGGUUCGGCGAGGAGAGGGCCAAGGUGUGGUGGGAGCAGAACAGGGACCGAAUACACGCGCAGUACCUGUGACGCGCGAACGUUAGAGUAGGGUUCCGUGAUACUGCUGCGGCUAGUGUCUGUUAGCUUUAGUUUUUUACAGGGUAAACAGAGAGGUGAAAGAGGUUGUGUUGGGUGGAGCUUGUGUAAAACAUGUUUACUGCUGCUGAUCAGAGUUUGUGUGCUGAUGACCAAUGUAAUUUUUUUUAGUUUGAUGUACGUACUGAUAUGGUAUUGUGUUGAUCUCCUCAGAUUAUCUGUGCUCACAUUUUCCGAGUGCGGGCACAAACCAUCCAAAAGAGAUCCUGUAAUCUGUUCCAGCUUUCA